CAUCAUGCACAAACAAAAAAACACACAUUCUAACAUUUAAAAAUUUAGAAGCCUUAUAGCAAUGGGGACAAUACCUAUUCGUUUUAAGUCUAGGCAUACUAGUGUAUACAAGACGGAGGCAUUUUAAAUGAAUGUAACGAUGGAUGGGCUUAAUCUGCAAGCAUAGUAUGAGCUUUCUGUAAAAUUAACCGUUCAAAUAUCAGUUUGCUUGACAAUCAUUUUACUACCCUGGGUGACAUGCGAUUUAGUACGAAAAAGGUUCAAUAAAACAGUGCCAUAAAUAGAUUCCAAAAUUUCUCUUUGCCUGUGUGUCGCACAGGCAAUUUUGUUUCAUUAUUAAUUAGAAGUGAUAGAUUGAUGGAUGCAUGGAUGGGGUGUUGGUUAUGCACCGUGCGUCAUGUUUCCUCCAUCAGUCAUGCGUAAUCUUGCGCCCAGUGCGAGUUGGGCACUUGCUGCUGUGAACACUGAAUGUUCGGUCAGACAACACACCUUUUCUUCACUGAAUCGACAAUCAGUUUUCUUUUAAUAACCUCAAGAGUUAUCCGUUUCUGCAUCUUUAGAGGGCAGGGAGCAUCGUUAAUUCCAGCUCUUGGAAAGUAAGCGACUCUUCGGUGCAGCAUCUGAUCGCGGCGCACGGGCAUGCCACGCGCUGAUGACAUCGUUUCCUGCUUAGUUUUUGGCUCACACUGAACUGGAGCCAUACCGUAGAGUAUGAAAAUUACAUUUGGCUCCGUGGUGGUCGGCGCGGGUUUAACGGGUGUGCUUAGUUUCAGCUGUUUGACACUCGCCAUUGGAAGUGAAUAUUGGUACAUCAUUGAAGACAAGCGCACUAACCACACUGACCCGCCGCACAUGCACUCUGGACUUUGGGGAGUUACAGAUGAUGCUCAAAGUCAUACAGAAGCCUCUUCAAGAUAUUCAGAGUCAGAGAAGCAGAUGGAGAUCAUGCACAGUGCCAUUGCCGUUUUACUCCCCUUGAGUGUGGUGAUGCUGGUGUUUGGAGGCAUCUGUGGACUUGUCAGUUCCCUCGCCAGAAGUCGGACAUUGCUGAUCGGAUCUGCUUCAUAUUUUCUUCUGUGCAGUCUUCUGACUCUCUCUGGGGUGAGCCUGUACAUCAGGUACUCUCAGAAGGCUCUGGAAGAGACAGAGAGGCGCGUGGGGCGUGAACAGAUGGCACAGGUACACACAUCGUUCGGCUGGUCUAUGGACAUGGCAUGGCUCUCUUGUGUUUUGGAGGUCAUAACCGGCCUUCUCCUACUGCUGGCGGCCAGGUUGGUACCUCUGAACCAGUAUGAAGAUUCUAUGGCGCCCAUAUAGAAGUUCUCCCAUGUUCUUCACCUUGCCUGAAUUUCAAAGAAUUAUUUGUGCCAGAAAUGUGGAUGCCAUAGAUUUGGUGUAGGGUAGAGACAAUAUUUGUGAAAUAUUUCACCUGUUUCACACCUACCGUGUGUUCAUUUAGGCUAGAUGAAGGGACUCGUCUCGGUCACGUCUCAUGAUCGCAAUCUGUUAAUAUGGGGAUCGAUUUAAGAGCAUACAGUGAAUGCACGGUUUGUAUUUUGAUUGACGGGGAACUCUCCCGAUCAGUGAUAAGUAUCCCACUUAACUUGAAUAGACCAUUUCGCAAGAUGUAAGCACUACGGAAUCACCUCCGGAUCUAUUUUUAAUAAAAAAAUUUGAACCUUACAUAAAUAAUUAUGGCCCAGUUUCAAGGACAAAGCUUAAGGCUAGUCCCAGACUAAAAUAAACGUGUGACCUGUCUUAACUCAACAUAACUUGCACAGAAAUAUCUUAAAAUAUUGUUUUAAGAUAUACGUGCCAUUGUUUUGUCUCAAGAUGCUCACCAGUAACGUAUUCUUCUGAGGCAUUUCUAUAAAAGCAACAUAAAUAUCUUAAUUCAACUAAGGCAUAGUCCUGGCUUAAGCUAAGCCGUGUCUGUGAAACCGGGCCUAAAUGAUUUGUUUAAUAUUUUGAUUUAACCGGCUAAAUACCUCACUCAAUUUUCAUACCUUUUGUAUAUAAUUGCUUGUAAAUUUCCUCUUUUUGUUUGUGUAAUCUAUUGUUUUCUUUCUGGUGGAUUCCUGUUGUCUAUGUUCUUUGCUCUUCACAUCAUUACCGUCGGAUUCACAUUACGAAUAGAAGCAGUGCCCUAAUUGUACAUUAAUAGAUGUUUUAUGCCUGCUUGUUCAUUAAAUACGUGUAUGAAAGAAAAUGAUUUGAAUUCUACAUUUUCAAUAGCUUUAUUUUUGUUGUGUCUGUGUGAUGUAGUAUGAAGUCAAGACUGGUGAUUUCUGCUUUUGCUUUUUUUAACAGUACUGCCGGCUGAUCUGUAAUGUAUUUAAACGGAUCAGACACUUUUAGAAAACGUGCUAUGACGAAUGUGAUAGAUGGCAUAUCGAAUUGUAUUUGUUUGUCGUCUCAUGCUUCCAGACGAAUUUUGCUUAUAAGUCAACAAUCCCUGAGAUGGAAAAUAUGUUGUUGCUUUUGUAAAUACUGCUCUGUUUUUUCUUUAAACAGUUUCUCAGUUUCAGUCCAAAGUAUUUGUGUUUUUGACGGCAUUGCACUUUAACUUGAUUGGUAUCUGUUGUUGUCUGUCAUAUAUUUGUUACGAUCCUGUCAAAAAGAGUUUUAUUGUAAUCGUGCCACAUAUUAUUCUGCUUUUGAUUUAUGCCACAAGCAGGGAACAUUGUUUCCAGUCAAAUAUCCCUCAACAUAAUUGUAGAUGUGACCUUUUUGAUGUGAUCUUCGUAAACUGUGGUGUUGCAAGAAAAUGUCAGUAUAAAGCUUUUAUUUAUCAAAAGUCUGUAUUUUCCAUGACUAACAGACAAAUAACAUCAAGAACAAGUGUAAUUUCCCUAAUCCUUUUAUUACACGCAGGGUUAAAAGCGCAAAUGUAACUUACAUAGACACCGGAAGUGAAUCAUGAGAAUUCCUGUCAUUUUGGCAAAUUUGACAGAUUUUAUGACUCAUAAUGAAUGUCAUUUCUAACAUGGCUUAAAUAAGAGUCCUGCAGUGGAUUUAAUUAUGAUAACAGGAUGAAAGUGACCAUAAGGGGUUCUGCUUUAACGCACUCUCUUGUGGAGACAAGAAAUCAAGUUCAUUUUCAGGUGUGAAAAGAAAAUUGAACAAGUGGGGAACAAUGCAGUAUUUUAUUAUCAUUAGAAUGCCUUGUUGAAGACACAAAAUACAGGCCAGAAUGCUUCUUUCCAAACUGAAAUUGAUGAUGUUUGAUUCAUGUAAAUUACAGCUAUUUCCUUUGAAGAAAUGACUGGCCAUAUUUCAAACUGCAUCCCAAACAUCUGUAAAUGUUUUAUGUUAUUGAGCUGUACAGAAUUACAGCUUAUAGUCCAUGCAUCUGAACCCACAAUAUACAAUUAUGAGAAUUUUUCUCAGAGAUGUUCUGUUGUUGAAGCCUCCGUAAGUGGCACAGCCCUAAACAAGCUCCAAUUGAUCACAUACGGCUGAUAUUAAUGGGCUGAACUUGUGCUUCCCUCCUUAAAGACACUUUUUAAGAUUUUGUACAAAUGUAUAUACUGUAGAGAGAUUUUCUUAUGUAGAAUGUGUAUGUGUAUGUGAUUUGAUAGCAGAUUGUUUUUUUUAACAUACAACACGCUUUCCCUAAAGAUACUAAUUAAUUCCAGUGAGAUGACUGUUGUACAAACUAAAUUGAUAGUUACUUUCUGUAAAAAAUGUAUGCUACAUGGUGUUUCUGCACAUUGAUGUUUCACCUAAAAAAAACAACCUAAAAUCUCUAUUAGCUGUAAAAACAAAUGAGUGUGAAUAGCAUUGGAAUUAUGUGAAUUAUGCAUCUAAUUAACAAGUAUGAUUUUCAGGGUUCACAGCAUGACACUGUUUCCGUGUCGUAAUUGUGCAUACUGUAUCCAUGUUUAUAUGACUUUAAAGGUCCAGUCUAUCAUUCUUUGGAGGAUCUAUUGACAGAAAUGCAAUAUAAUAUACAUACUGAGGUGUAUAAAGACCUUACAUAAUGAAGUGUUAUGUUUUUAUUACCUCAGAAUGAGCUAUUUCUAUCUACAUACACUUCGGGUCCCCUUGGAUGGAAUUCGCCAUGUUGUUUCUACAGUAGCCCUAAACGGACAAACUGCUCUACAGAGCGUGUUUCGUAAAUACCUUAUCUCCUUCGGCAAAGAAGUGAAAAACGUGACGACAUCUUAGUCCUGAGUCGGCCACCAUAGUGCUUCGAAAGGGAAGGGGAGCAGUGGAGUGAGUGAUACGUUCGUUGCAAUUCGCAAUCCCACUGCUAGAUGCCACUAAAAUUCAUACACUGGACCUUUAAAGAUAAGAAUAAACAUGCACCUAAAAAUAGAUUAAAGCUAUAUUGUUUACAGCAUUGUAACCCAGGACUGGGCAGUGGCUCUAAUUGUUUGAUAGAUAUCUCCUGCAGCAAAUGCAAUUGCUGCUGUCGUCAUGACGAUGUCUCUGCACAGCCUGCACCGCA